GGGCAGUGGUGGUGUGGCAGUAGCUACCUUGUGCUGUAAUAUGGAUUUCAUGUGUACACCUUUUUGUCUUGGCUUGUUCCGAGACAGUAUUUCUUUUUAGUUUACAAGUUUGACAACAUAGCUGGGUGGCCAAAUUCUGCCUCUGUAAUACUGUAAAACGACAUCGUUUGAAGACUUGCUAGCAAGGUAAAAAGCUAGCUAGUCUUGCUACCUAUCUUCAUAAAUUUGGAAUUGGAAUAUUAUUCCAUCUUCGAUGGAGGGAUCUUCAAAAGAAGGUGACCUGUUUACUGUGAAACACGAGCUGAAAAACGCCAAUCUGACAGGCCAUGUGGAGAGGGUGGGCAUUGAGAACUUUGAGCUGCUGAAGGUGCUGGGCACAGGAGCUUACGGCAAGGUGUUCCUGGUCCGCAAAGUCAGCGGGCACGAUGCGGGGAUGCUGUAUGCCAUGAAGGUGCUGAAGAAGGCCACCAUCGUACAGAAGGCCAAGACAGCAGAGCACACGCGCACCGAGAGGCAGGUGCUGGAGCACAUCCGGCAGUCUCCCUUCCUGGUCACCCUGCACUACGCCUUCCAGACAGACACCAAGCUGCACCUCAUCCUGGAUUAUGUGAAUGGUGGGGAGCUUUUCACACACUUGGUCCAGAGGGUUCGCUUCAAGGAGCAGGAAGUGGCUCUUUACAGUGGAGAGAUCGUGUUGGCGCUGGAGCACUUACACCAGCUGGGGAUCGUGUAUCGAGACCUGAAGCUGGAGAACAUCUUGAUGGACUCCAGCGGGCACGUUGUGCUCACAGAUUUUGGCCUCAGUAAAGAGUUUGAUGACGUGGAGAGAGCGUACUCUAUCUGUGGCACCAUUGAAUACAUGGCCCCAGAGAUAGUGGAGGGGGGGGAGUCUGGUCAUGACAAGGCGGUGGAUUGGUGGAGCCUUGGUGUGCUGAUGUACGAGCUCAUGACGGGCGGAUCGCCGUUCACUGUCGACGGAAACGAGAACUCCCACACAGACAUCGCCAAGAGGAUCUCCAAGAAGGACCCUCCGUUUCCCAAAGACAUGGGCCCGCUGGCCAAAGACCUCAUCCAGCGCCUCCUCAUCAAGGACCCGAAGAAGAGGCUCGGCUCGGGCCCCUGUGGAGCAGAAAACGUGAAGAAACACCCCUUCUACCAGAAAAUUAACUGGGAGGACCUGGCAGCCAAGAGGGUCCCCGCCCCCUUCAAGCCGGUGAUCCGGAAUGAGCUGGACGUCAGUAACUUUGCAGAAGAGUUCACAGAGAUGGACCCCACCUACUCCCCUGCAGCCCUGCCCCAGAACUGUGACCGCAUCUUCCAGGGCUACUCCUUCAUGGCUCCCUCCAUCCUGUUCAAGAGGAACGUGGUGAUGGACGAGCCGGCUCAGAUGUGCGGGGGUUCUGACAGACCCGGCUCGGCCGCUGUCGCACGCAGCGCCAUGAUGAAGGACUCUCCCUUCUACAUGAGCUAUGAGAUGGACCUGAAGGAGAGCGCCCUGGGAGAAGGCAGCUUCUCCAUCUGCAGGAGGUGCACUCACAAGAAGACUGGCCAGAAGUACGCCGUGAAGAUCGUCUCCAAGCGGAUGGAGGCCCAGACGCAGAAGGAGAUAGCUGCUCUGAAGCUCUGUGACGGCCACCCCAACAUCGUCAAGUUGCACGAGAUCUACCACGACCAGCUGCACACCUACCUGGUGCUGGAGCUGCUGGGAGGCGGGGAGCUGCUGGAGAGGAUCCGCAGGAAGCAGCACUUCAGCGAGACGGAGGCCAGCCGCAUCAUGAGGAGGCUGCAGUCGGCCGUCAGCCACAUGCACGACGUGGGCGUGGUGCACAGGGACCUCAAACCAGAGAACCUGCUGUUCACGGACGACACGGAGAACUCGGAGAUCAAGAUCAUAGACUUCGGCUUCGCUCGGCUCAAGCCGCCGGACAACCAGCUGCUGCAGACGCCGUGCUUCACUCUGCAGUACGCCGCCCCCGAGAUCCUCAACUACGAUGGCUACGACGAGUCCUGCGACCUCUGGAGCCUGGGGGUCAUCCUGUACACCAUGCUGUCAGGCCAGGUGCCCUUCCAGUGCCAGGGCACACGCACCAGCGCUGAGGAGAUCAUGAAGAAGAUUAAGCAGGGCGACUUCUCCUUCCAGGGCGAGGCCUGGAGGAACGUGUCCCAGCAGGCCAAGGACCUCAUCCAGGAGCUGCUGACGGUGGACCCUGACAAGAGGAUCAAGAUGUGUGGUCUGCGUUACAACGCCUGGUUGCAGGACGACAGCCAGCUGUCCUCCAACCCCCUGAUGACCCCUGACAUCCUGGGCUCCUCCACCGCCUCCGUCCACACCUACGUCAACGCCACCUUCAACGCGUUCAACAAGUGUAAACGGGAGGGUUUCCGCCUGCAGACGGUGGACAAGGCGCCCCUGGCCAAGAGGAGGAAGAUGAAGAAGACCAGCACCAGCACAGACACCCGCAGCAGUUCCAGCGAGAGCACCCACUCCUCCUCCUCCUCCUCCCAGUCCCAGGAAAAGACCUCCCCAGAGGGGGAGGCUUCCCCCCAGCCCUCUGGCAGCACCCCCGGGGGCAUGCCCCUAACCCUGGCCAUAGACCCCGACCAUCUUCCGCCCCCGGCCCCGCCCGACCUUUGACUUCUAAUACUGAGAGAACCAGGGAGACAGACUGCUUCGUAAAAUUGGCCGAGGGACCUGAAACCGCAUAAGAGACCUGUCUUUCUCUCUGGCGCUCUCUUCCUCUCUCUUUCUCUCUCUCUCUCUCUCCUUCUCUCACCCUUCUCCCUCCACUGGUUGUCAGCCCCAUGCAUGGACAAGUGCACGCCUCUAAACUAAGCAUGCAGCAGAUACAGCAAUCACCUCUCAGACAUCGCUAGCAAUAGACCAUCUCUCUCACACGCACACAUGCACACAUGCACACAUACAUACAUACAUACAUACAUACAUACAUACAUACAUACAUACUGUACAUACAUGCUUACACACACACACACAGAUCAUUAAUCAGGGAUGUGAUCAGGUCGUCACCAGUGUCCAGUGUAAAGGGCUGCCCUACUCCCCCAGGGCCACAUGCUGGGGACAACUCUUCAGCCUCACCUGGGAGAGCAGCAGCUUUCUACCCUAUGUCCACCUCUCUCACUUCUGUCCACCUCUAUCUCUAUCCAUGUCCACUUCUGUCCACCUCUAUCUCUAUCCAUGUCCACUUCUGUCCACCUCUAUCUCUAUCCACGUCCACUUCUGUCCACCUCUAUCUCUAUCCACGUCCACUUCUGUCCAUCUCUAUCCAUGUCCACUUCUGUCCACCUCUAUGUCUAUCCACGUCCACUUUUGUCCACCUCUAUCUGUAUCCAUGUCCACUUCUGUCCACCUCUAUCUCUAUCCAUGUCCACUUCUGUCCACCUCUAUCUCUAUAUCUGUCCAUCUCUGUUUCGGUCUGCCCUGGUAUUAUCCUGCCAUUUACUUUAAGGACUUACCUACGGUUUAUAUACACGGUCUAACCCAAAAUGCAAGCCUUUGUCCUGCAGCUUACUGUAACUAUGGGGAAAGCGGAGAUAGUAUAUUUAUAUAUGUGAAUACAGAGACUGUAAAUGAUUUAUUAUAUAUAUAUAUAUUAGUCUAUAUAUAUGCUAUAUAUAUAUAUAUAUAUAUACAGGAUAUACAUUGUUUUAUCUUAAUUUAUUUAUGUGUUUUUUUACAUGGUCAGAACCCUAGUCUCUAGUCAAAAAACUGUUUUAUCUCCUAAGGGAGAAUUUCAAAAGCAGACAGCUAGGUGUUUUGGAAUUCAAACUUCCUUUUCAUCACUGUAUCUAAGGAGAUGUGCGUCCUCUCUUCCUGUUGUUUUCACGAGAGGCAGUUCAGUCAGCUCCCAGAUCUAGGACACCAUGACUGGUGUGUAGGUUCUUAGUCCUGCUCUGGGGAGGGGAUUACAAAUAAGGAAAGGACCGCGCUUGUUCAACCAAAAUAACUUAAUCACUGCAAAAUGAACGCUUCGCUAGAUAGAUAAGUGAUCGUCCUCAGAGAAGCAGCUGUGUUUAGCUCCCUGACAUUCACUGGCACGGUACUUUGAGUGGUUUCGCUCAUGAGCUAGCGUGACUUCUGGCCGGCUGAUCUGAUUGGCUGUCAGGCGGCAGCAUCUGGCCCUGCAGAAGGACUGCUCUGCUAUUGGCUCGGCAUGUUUUGGGGACAUUGCGCAACAUCCCCAAGACUGGAUGUUGGGGGUCACAGUGGGGGGCUGUGGAAAGAAAUGGGGAGGAUGGACACGGAUAAUGGGGUUGCUGGAUCCCCCCCCACACUAAACCCAUGAUACCAGACCAUAUCAUACCACACCAGAUCAUACCACACCAGACCAUACCAGACCAUAUCAUACCACACCAGAUCAUACCACACCAGACCAUAUCAUACCAUACCACACCAGACCAUAUCAUACCAUAUCAUACCACACCAGAUCAUACCACACCAGAUCAUACCACACCAGAUCAUACCACACCAGAUCAUACCACACCAGAUCAUACCACACCAUACCAUAUCAUACCAUAUCAUACCACACCAGAUCAUACCACACCAGAUCAGACCAUACCAUAUCAUACCACACCAGAUCAUACCACACCAUACCAGACCGGACCACACCAUACCACACCACACCAGACCAUACCAGACCACACCGGACCGUACCGGACAGGACAAUACCAGACCAGAAAGACAGUCACAUGUACUGCAGUGGCACAUAAGAAGCUGUCAGUCCACAGCCACGCUCGAUGCCGCAGCUGUCAGCCUUGUGUGCGUGGAAAGGGAUCCCAGUGAUCCUGAUGAAAACAGCCCUUCGGUCUGUCGUUCCCCCUGCGUGUCUGAGACAGCCCCUCACCCCAAUGAGACAGCGUGUCCCAGCUCUCAUCUAUGGCUCCAGUCCCCAGUGAUAGAACGGACACAUCAGCCUCUUCUCUAUCUUCUUCCAGUGCAUUGUAUUCAGAACUCAGAACCAAAGCAUUAAAGAAAACUAAUUUAGGUAGCUGCUAAAAUCUGCAUGAGGUUGUUCCUUUUUUUUUUAUGCAAGUAUGCAAAAAGAUCCUUUACGUCACAGUUUGUGUUGGUGUAAUUCUAAACGUGUCUGUACUGUGUGUUGUCCAGUACGAGUACAAGUCAUUAUGUGUGAGUACUUAAGCUUAGCGCUAAGUUGAUACCAACCGUUUCCACGCUUUAAAACUAUGCACAGAUGUUCUGUGUCGUUCGGCUCCAUCCUGUCGUGGAGGCCUCACCACGGAGGUCUUACACUGUGUAGAAAGAGCAGAGUCUACACAUGUACUGUAUACACACACACUCGCACGCAGAACAUCUCAAUAUCACGGACUAAAAAGCCCCGACCUUGGAGCUGAACACGGCAAAGCUGUCGUCCGACUUAGUUCGCUUGAGUUGUCUUUUGCCGCAUCAUUAAGCCUCUUUUCCUUUGUUUGGGUGUAUUAAUAGCUCACAGAGAGGAAGGGGAAGGAGGGUGUCCUAUAUUGAACCCUCCCCAGGGAGACGGGCUCAGCUAGUUAGCAUGGCUCAGCUCGGCGUGUUACCCAGCCUGGCCUCUCUAUCCCUGGGAGCCAGCUCUGGUGGAGGCUGGGCGGUGCUGGGUUAUCUGGUCCGCUCUUCCAACGAGCCAGACUCUUUGAAGAACAGCAUGUUAGUGUGCCAUCGAGUAGCAGAACUGAACCAUUCUUGUGCGUCUGUUUUUCUUCUGUUGUUCAGAGACUCCAUUUCUCUAGUGUCGAUUUGUGUGCGCGUUAUCCUUGCUCCCAGCUCGCUCAAGCACUCUGUUUAAUGAGCUGUCUGUAGUCUGUCCUGGGUAUUUUUUACAGUUAACAGUGGACCUUUUUGGCCUGUCUCAUGCAAACAGGACAUAUUUGCUUGCCGUGUAGAUUCCAGUGUGCUUUCCUGUUCUGUGGUGCUGCUGAGUCAGCAGCCUCUGUGUUCUGGGUCGUCAGCUUCAAUACAAGUUGGCAGCACAGAGAAUAUUCCACCUUAGUCCAAUUAACUCCGAAUCAGUGUUUAAUUGGCUGUCGGCUGAUUAAAUCAGCUGCAGUAAGGUCGUUCUGGGGUCACAUUCAGGACAGAUGGUUUGCUCAAGGCUCGGGUGGUGGAAUGGAUGGAUGGGCAACUUUGAAUGGGAGGAGCCUGAGGGGAAGUGGGAGAAGACUGCAGAUUGUGGGAGGAGCCUGUAGAGGGUUAGCUGGUAGGUAGUAGGAGGUGGCUUCCUUCCCGAGCUUCUCAGGAGGCAUCGUCCUGGAACUGAGGACCACCAGGAGAUGGGCUCUCCUGGAGACCUAGCGCCCCGCAGGGCUGCUCUCCAACCCCGACUGACCUGGUCCACCUCCCCGCAGGGCUGCUUUCCAACCCAGACUGACCUGGUCCACCUCCCCGCAGGGCUGCUUUCCAACCCAGACUGACCUGGUCCACCUCCCCGCAGGGCUGCUUUCCAACCCAGACUGACCUGGUCCACCUCCCCGCAGGGCUGCUUUCCAACCCAGACUGACCUGGUCCACCUCCCCGCAGGGCUGCUUUCCAACCCAGACUGACUUGGUCCACCUCCCCGCAGGGCUGCUUUCCAACCCAGACUGACCUGGUCCACCUCCCUCAGCUGGCUGGUUGGACAGCCCUGAGGUGGGGCUCGGGCUGUGUAUUGCUGUCCGUGGUCCUGAACCGGAUCGACACAAAGCCAUUCAAACCGCUGUUCUCCUCUAGAACACAUUACCGUUGGCACAUAAUUCCUCCCCCACUUAGGCCUGCUUAGCGCACAGCACCCAUACUCUGGCGUUGUCGGUGUGAAGGCACAGAGGGCCUGGGGGAAGUGUGUUUACCAACAGUCAUUCGGCUGUCGCUAUUGUCACACGCGAUCCAGGGUCCAUUUCGAUGCCAAAAUUUCAUACUUGUUUGUGUCAUGUAAGGUAUUGGUUGAUGCUAUAUUUUGGGAUACUCUGUUCUCUUGCAGCACUGUAGCAGUUAGUUCUAUUGACUUUGGGAUAUUUGCCAGUUGAUAUACUGUUGUUAUCAUGCAAUUCAGCUUUAAGGUCAAAGUUUGCCCUCAUUGGGGUUUUUCAAGUUCAUCAGGUUUUUAAUUCUCCCCGGAAAGGGAUUUCGAGAGAGGACACACUGACAGAUGAGACAUUGGUUGAUGGUGACUGCUCUCUGUUGGUCUGUGCAGAGCUUGAUGGUUGGUUGUUCUGUGCAGAGCUUGAUGGUUGGUUGGUCUGUGCAGAGCUUGAUGGUUGGUUGGUCUGUGCAGAGCUUGAUGGUUGGUUGGUCUGUGCAGAGCUUGAUGGUUGGUUGGUCUGUGCAGAGCUUGAUGGUUGGUUGGUCUGUGCAGAGCUUGAUGGUUGGUUGGUCUGUGCAGAGCUUGAUGGUUGGUUGGUCUGUGCAGAGCUUGAUGGUUGGUUGGUCUGUGCAGAGCUUGAUGGUGACGGCCCUCUGUUGGUCUGGAGCCAGUUUUGGAGAGCACCACUGCUCGCUCUGUAGUGACUGCGAUGAUGCUGUUGUGGAUACCUGCAUGGUGCAGGACUGCAGACACACCACGGAUGCAACCAGACAAGGAAUCACACACCGUUCUAUCUCUGCUUUACCAGGAGAAAUGCACAGUACAUUCUCCCCCUAUCAAUCAAACAGUCCAAGCUUGUUUUAAGUUGAGAUCAUUUGACAUCAGUCUAUGUGGUUAUAGGGUUCUUUAAUAGUCCAUUUGGAUUAUUCUGUUGUGAGAGCAUAAUGGUUCAUUGUGAUUUCAUCAAUUCAUUGCGAUGGUUAAUAAUUUUGAUGUCAUAAUGCAGGGAUGUCACAAUAAUCCAUUGUGAUGUCACAAUGCAAUGACAUCACAAAGCUCUGUUGUUGCUGGGGGUCUUCUCUCUGUUCUAAGUGUAAACCUCUUGAAUGUGUUUCUCUUCUAUUAGAGUUAUAGGGUCUCCUGCAUCGAAAUAUCUGUGGUGUUUUGUUCCCAUGAAGGGACCUCUAAAGGGAUCUUAGUAUGGAGACCUCAUCGAUUGGGAAGUUACUGUUGACCUAAUGUGAAUCAGAUGCAAUUUCAUUUGACCAAGAUUUCCAUUUUGUUAGGCGAACGAACAGCCUUUAGUUUACCAAAGGUCUAAUUCAGAAACUAUCUUACUAUCAGUACAUGUGGGUACGUCACACAGCAUUCAUAGUAUGAAAUAUGUAUUUAUUACUCGUAUUUAACAUUCGGUCUUAUCCCUCAUAACGUGUGGUUUGUGGUCCUCCUGUUGUCUUGCACUCAAGGGAAACAUUUUUUCCAAGAGAAACCACAAGAGGGCAGUGUGUACUAGUGUCUCGAGCUCCUUGGCCUUUAGUCUGUGACUGCUCUCACUGUGCUGCAUCAGCUCUAGAUUUGAUAUCUAUCAGAUGAGUCUCCAGAUAAGAGAACGACAUUUGGAAAAGCUUAUAUAUCAUUAUAUUUGAUUUUUUGGGUGUAUCUAGCUGGGCUAGAAAUCUACAUGCGAUAAAUGAAUCACUUUGGAAUUGGUAUAGUCGAUGGGGGGGGGGGGAAUUAACGUUUCCAAAAUUGGAUUAUUUUUAUUUUGUGUGUCUUAAAACAGCUGUAGAUAAUGUACAUGCUAAGUCAUAGCCAAGUCUAAAUUAUAGGACCUUUAAAACAUAGUGAAACUGCAUGUGUGCAGGUGCUUGGUCUUGAGACCCAGAUGAUAGACCACAGUGUGUACUGAAGAGCCAAACUGUUUCUACUGCAUUUCUACUGUCUGGAGUAUGCUAGGGACAGCCUUGGUGUGGGCCUUGCUGUGAUUGGCUGGAGCCCAGUUGAAUCAACUCGGUUUCUAACAAUGGACAAUAAGGGAGUGUGUGCGUAUUUUGUAAAAUAAUUCUGUUCAAAUCAAGUAUUGUUUGUGUUUGCAGAUUUUGCCUGUCCUGUGGUUUGAUAUAUGUGUUUGAAGACAUGUUUAUCUGAGAAAAAAAGUAAAGGGCUUUAAGGUUUUUGAAUCCUUUCUACCUGUAGAAAAUAAUAUAAUACUGUUACUGUUUGUCACAUGUUCAAAUGUUGAAAUAAAAUUUCUAAGUUCACAAAC